AUGCCUCCUUUCAAGCCUAGGGACCGCAAGCAACGGGGCAGGCGACAAAAUGGAAAGUCCACCAGCACCCCGGUCGACACCAAUGUCACCGAGAUCGUACCUGUCUCCAAAGCGGAGAAAGAGGUCAAACGACAGCAGCUUAGGGAACAGCUGAGAGAGCAGCAGCCAAAAAUGUCGUCGAAAAAGAAGAAGCGUCUUGAUAAGUACAUUGAAACUAAAUUGAGAAAAGAGGAAAAUUUGGAGUUCAUGAAAAAACUUGCGGAGACGAAGCUCGACCUAUCCGAAUUCCGAAGUAUCAAGGAUAUGAGUAAAAAAGAAAGAAGACGAGAAGGCAACGUUGAUAGCACACUACAAUCUUUGGAGGCUGGAUUAUCGGGCGACGAAUCGGACGAAUUGGAAACUGGCUUGAGGGAGAAAAAUGCCUCAGCACCGGAUAUCCCAAAACCUGUUGCUCAGGUCCAGAUCGGAAGCGGUCUCAAGCGGCCACUCGAUCUCGGUGCGGAUGGUUUUCCAAUCCUCAAAAAGCGAAAGAGAACACGAAAAACUCAGCCUGUCGUUCAGGAGGUCCCUUGGGAAGGGUUCGAUUCGGGCGAAGAAGAAGCUGAUGAUGCGAAGGAUAUUAAUGGCGAUGUCGAUGAAAGGUCAGACUCAGAAGAAAGCAAAUCGGACGAGUCAGAUGAGAAUGAGAAUGAGAAUGAUUUAUUGCAUGACGACGACAAGGAAACAAGUGAUACAAGUGAAAAUGAUGACGAAGACGACAGCGAUGACGAUGACGAAGAAGAAGAAACCGACACACGUAUUCGACCAAGAAAUUCUGCAUUCAAAGCUUGGGCCACACAGCAGAUCAACGAAGCUGUAGGAUUCAAGCCUAGUUCUGACCAGCCACUUUCGGAACAACUGGCUGCCUCAUCCGAGAUCUUCGUGAAAGAAGGCAAGGUACCGAGAAACACAGUAUACGAGGAGGAGCCCUUGCCUCGGGAACUUCAAGUUACUACCGGAGAUCCUAAUCGCAAAGCGUUCACCGUGAACGUGAACCGACGAGAAGAGAUUCAGGAAGCACGCUUGAAGCUUCCUGUGGUGGGUGAAGAACAAAAAAUCAUGGAGGCUAUAUACAACAACCCGUCUAUUGUGAUUUGGGGAGCUACCGGCAGUGGUAAGACAACACAAUUACCGCAGUUUCUUUUCGAAGCUGGCUACGGUCAUCCCGACGGUCCGAAUCCCGGUAUGAUAGCUGUCACUCAGCCUCGUCGUGUUGCAGCAGUGAGCAUGUCGAAGCGUGUUGGGGAUGAACUUGGCCAGUUUUCAGACCGUGUUUCUUACCAGAUCCGGUUCGACACCAACGUCUCCAGUAACACCGCCAUCAAAUUCAUGACUGAUGGUAUUCUACUACGAGAAAUUGCCAAGGAUUUUUCAUUGAGCAAGUACUCCAUUGUGAUCAUUGAUGAGGCGCACGAGCGAAGUGUCAAUACAGAUAUAUUGAUUGGUAUGGUCAGCCGAAUUGUUGACCUUAGAGAAUCCAUGCGCAAGGAAGAUCCUUCAGUCAAACCGUUGAAAUUGGUCAUCAUGUCGGCCACGCUCCGAAUAUCUGACUUUACUCAAAAUCAACAUCUUUUCCGUCAUGGGACUCCACCAUUAGUACAAGCUGAAGGACGACAAUAUCCAGUCACUAUUCACUUCGCACGGAAAACUCGCCGAGAUUAUGUGGAAGAAGCGUUCCGCAAGGUAUCGAGGGGUCAUCGCAAACUCCCUCCUGGUGCUAUGCUUGUCUUCCUCACUGGACAGAAUGAAAUUAAACAACUGUCAAAGCGACUGAAGCAAGCAUUCAAGCCUACACAACGGAGUGAAGCAGUCCAAGGAAAGCUCCAGCUUUCCGCUGCCGAUGCACCUCUUGAGACAGAAGACAUCGAAUUAGGUGAUACGGGAGCUGGACCACAAGGAGACGACGAUAGUGAUGUCGAUAUUCUUGGGUUAGACGAUGACGACAAUAGUGAAGAUGAUGAAGAUUUUGACAUUGGCGAAGAGAGCGUCUCGUCUUCUACAAAGGUUCACGUGCUACCAUUGUACUCUCAAUUGCCCACUAAAGAGCAAUUAAAGGUCUUUGAACCGCCUCCAGAAGGUUCACGACUCAUCGUGUUGGCAACAAAUGUCGCUGAGACCAGUUUGACAAUCCCCGGGAUUAAAUAUGUUUUCGACUGCGGGCGGUCGAAAGAGAAGCAAUAUGAUCUCAACACUGGAGUACAAACAUUCCAGAUUGGCUGGAUCAGCAAGGCCAGUGCCAGUCAGAGAGCUGGUCGUGCUGGACGUACAGGGCCCGGUCACUGUUAUAGGUUGUACUCUAGUGCGAUUUACGAGGCAGAUUUCGAGGAAUACACUGAACCUGAAAUACUACGGACCCCCAUCGAAGGCGUGGUGCUGCAGAUGAAAAGCAUGGGCCUUCACAACGUGAUCAACUUUCCCUUCCCGACUCCACCGAGCCGUCAAGGGCUAGCGAAAGCAGAGAAGCUUUUGAGAUACCUCGGUGCGCUAAAAGCGGAUGGUCAAGUUACUGAGAUUGGCAGGAAGUUGUCACUAUAUCCCUUGUCGCCCAGAUACAGCAAAAUGCUACAGAUUGGUCAUCAUCAUGGCUGCAUGCCUUAUGUGAUAGCACUUGUAUCUGCACUGGCAGUUGGUGAUUUGUUCGUCCAAGAAAGCGAGCUUGACUUGACAGUAGCAAAGCAAAACAAAGACAUGGAAAAGGUGUACACAAAUGCUGACAGGCUGGAAGACACGCAACGCGAAAGCCGUCGUAAGGACUUCAACCGAGUACAACGACUAUUGAGCAAACACGACGAUACCUCUGACGCAUUGAAAUACCUUUCUGCGAUUUGUGCAUAUGCAUACUCAAGCGGCUCUCCUGAAGAAGAAGAGGCUUUCUGCGAGCAAAUGUUCCUCCGCGGCAAGGGCCUCAAAGAAGCCUCUCAGCUUCGAGGCCAACUCACCGAAAUCGUCCGCACCAACAAUCCAGGUCUUCUGGGACCAUAUGAAGCCCGCCUCCCUGAGCCGACAGCCAAACAAGUCAAAGCUCUGAAACAAAUUGUCACAGCCGGAUUCAUCGACAACAUCGCUAUUCGCGCGGAUACAUGUCCUGAUCCUCCUGAAAUGCCGCGUAAGCCACGACGAGCCAUUGACGUACCUUACUAUACUCUCUUCCGGUCUCGAGAAGGUCGUGCUGCAGAGCUUUCCGAAAAGGCAGUUUACAUACAUCCUUCAUCCAUCCUCGCGCAGUUCACACCCAAGGAGAUGCCUCAGUACAUCGUUUACUCGCAUCUUCAGCGAUCAACAGCUGCUCGUGUCCCAGUAUCGGCUGACGACACUCCCAAAAUCCGAAUGUUUCCCUUGUCUGCACCGAGUGGUCCACAACUAGCAGCUCUUGCGAAUGGGACACCUUUGCUCGAGUACGGUAAGCCCAUUGGCAAGGUCGAGCCAUUGGGAGGAAUGCCUGAGCGCCGCCAGUGUGUUGUUGUUCCUUCUCUUGUGGGCGAGGCUGGGACUACGGGAUGGCCUUUGCCAGCGAAGAAGGUUGUGCAAGUCAAAGAUCCGAAGGAAGGCUGGAUCGUGGAGAAAUUUUUAUAA